UCUCAGCUGUGGAGAUAGGAAAAGGCACAAGGGGAAAAGGCUGGGAAUCACCGACUAAGAGAAUCUCUUGGGUGAGAAAGGCGGCUGGUCUCUAUCUAAUCCUCACCUGGAAAUCUCCUGCCAUUUAAAGACUUCACCACAAGGCUGUACAGGCUGAGGAAGGGCACAAGCAGUAGGAGAGAUGUUUCCCCUUCCGCAUUAUGAGCCCCGCAAAGAGCAGAAGGUGCAGGCCCAGGUCUUUGUGAGAGAGAUCAAUGGAGGAGAUGCCCCACAGCUAGACUUGGGAAAGAAGGUUAGCAUUCCUCAGGACCUGAUGAUGGAGGAGCUAUCCCUGCCAAUAAACAGGGGUUCCCAGCUGUACCAGAAGAGGCAGAAGAGGGUGCAGCGCUUUGUGUUGGAACAUCCUACAGGCUAUAGACUUAUUUCAAACUGGACAGCAGGACCAGCAGGAGGAUCCAACACAACCUAUGAGGCAGUGGGAGGAACAGAAGGAUCCAUGUCUGUCCAUAAUGCCGAGGGGAAGGAGAACUAUGAGGCACAACUUCAUUCAGCAGCCUCAGGAAAGGGGGCAGCCCCCAAAGUACCUAAGAAAACAAGCAAAGUCUUACAGAUGAGCAAAGCCCUGAAUCCCAAUGCCAUCGCUCCAGGCUAUUCUGGACCUUUAAAGGGAGUGCCGCCAGAGAAGUUCAACAGCACAGCCAUCCCCAAAGGCUACCAGUGCCCUUGGCGGGAAUUCCUUAGCAGUGAAGAUUACCAGGUAGACAGUGAGAACCAUUUGCCGGAACCUCCCAAGAAUGCGAAUAGUUUUGACCUUAGGACCUUCAACAGGACUCCAACUCCAUUUGGAGGGCCGUUACUAAAUGACGUGUUCCCUGGAUUUGGGAUGGCUGAAGCUGAGACAGACACCAUGAAUAGCUUGGAGCUAAUGUCAAACAGGCGCAGCUUUAACAGAGCACCUCAGGGCUGGAUACAGGUUAUGCCCGAGUCAGAGGAUCUGUAAUGUGUUGGAAAUCCUGCUGCCUUUUUCUUCCCAACCUCAACACAUGUUGGUCUUCCACUUUGCUGUAUAGAAUUGCAAGCAGGGAGCAUCUUUAACAUAGAAUAGAUACAGAGGCUGUUCUCUCACACAGCCCAAUUCAGGCUAGGGAAGCCCAGCCUGGGUGAGGCUGUGCAUGAGAACUGCUGGGAUCGGGCCCAAUCCUGGCAGGGCAGCACAGCCUAGUCCAGCUUUUAGCAGGGGUUAAGGGAGCGAGCGCACCCUUAACCCUAGUUCCAGGACUGUGCGUCACAGAUGGGCACCUAGAAGGCCCGUCUCCUGGAGGAAUCCCCCAAUGUACUGUGCUCAUUGCGCAGUGCAUUGUGGGAUUCCCGGAGGCCGGGAUAUGUCGUUCCAGCUGUCCAGAGCUUGAGCACUUGGGAGUGCAGUCUGCUCUCCCAGCAUACUUCUUCUGAUCGUCUGGGGAGAAGGUCAGGUUUGUGCAGCCUUCCCCUCACCUGCCUGGUAGGUCAUGUGAAUAGCUCGCUCCACAAUAUCCUACCCGCAUACCAUAGAAGUUAGAAAAGCCACUUCUGCUUGUUUCCUGCUGUUCCAUGUAUUCCCUAUAAGCACCUGUCUAGGGCCAUUCUUUUACUCUUCUACUGUACAAUUACAGCAUCCCAUCCCAUUCGCUGCCAGGUUUUUAUAAGCAUCAUACAGUGGAGUGAGGCCAACUAUCAAGGCUAGAAGAGCAAAAAGCCCAAAUGUCAGAGUGACAGUGCAAUCCUGCCCAUUUACUUUAAAUAAGCUGCACUAGGGGACUGCAGUAUGAUGAGGUACUUAAUUUCUUUAAAGGAGUGAUGUCUAACAACGUGAACACAUUCUCUUCUGACAAAUAUGAAGUUAAUGUCUGUUCAACAAAACAACAGGAAAUCAAAAAUAUUAAUGUAUGCCAAGUACAGGUGAGAAUGUUCUGAGAUAAAUCAAGGAACAUGCUGUAGAGGCUACUAGCAGAGAGCUUUUUCACCCCACAAUCAUGGUAAUAUUAAGAUUGUCUUGCAACCCCAUUUUCUUUUGUCCUGGAAGCUGCUUGCCAAAACUUGUUUGUAAUACCUUAGAUCACCCCCAAGAUCCAACUUUGAAUUGAGCAGAAUGAGUCAUGUUGUUAAAGCUCAAGGUAUCACACAGGAAGUUUUAAUAUGGAAUCACAAAACUACAUUGUCAUGGUGCAAUUUAAAAAACAACAAAUAAAUUUUAAAAACCACUAAGCAGUGCUAAUUGGCUAUCCUGUCAUCAGUGCCUAUUGCCCUUGGCUCUUACAGAUACAGAGGUCUUUCACAUGACCUCCGGCGGCUGCUGCGAAGGGUUGCAGAGAAGGCAGGGGCCCACCUGCCUUUCCCAGCAGAGGAGCAGUGGCGGAGUGGAGGGCAGUGACAGGAGCUGGGAGUGGGAGGUCUUCCCCCUCCCCCAUCCCAGGAUGCCCUCUGCUACUCUAAGUGUGAUAGCUGCUCUAGGAAGAGCAGCUGCUGCACUCAGCACAGCUGCUCCUUCCCCCCAACUCAACGCUGGAAAUGGUGGCAGGCCAAGGGGGAGCAGUUUAACCCGGCGGUGAUCACCCAAUCGCUGGCCAAGGUUAAAAACUUGGGCAGUUUUGGACAGCGCUGGGAUUGGGCUCACUUCCGGCACUUCACAUGUGCAGCCUAGCCCAGGCUGUCUGUGGCUGUGUGUCUGUGUCUGUGUGUGUACACACAGCCUCACACAAUGGUGAGCUUGCCAAUUAACCUUUGUUAAAUAACAUGGAACCAGGAAACCCAUCCCUGUGGAAUAUUUUGGAAAAUUAGAAUGAAGGAUUAGAGGAGUGCUUGAGAAAUAGGUUCAUCAGGGAAGGCAGUCAGGGCAGCAAACCUAUGCUUACAGUGUUAAUGGAACUUAAUUACACAUAAACUCUAGAAUUGCAACUUAGCUCUCCUUUAGCCAGAAGCUGGAAAUCAAGAGGAGAAAGUAUUGUCACACAAUAGCAUUGUUAUUAGUACAGUUCCUCUGCAAGCCCGCAAACAGGCGAGUGGACCACUGGUCUGACCAAAUUGUCCUGAUGUGUUCUACUCUGAUGCAUAUGUAGAUAUUGUAUAAAGCAGACACUCAACAGAUGCAAGGUAUCUACAAAGCUAGAGCUGUACAUCUCCUAGCACUUGGAGUAAAAUAGUGUAUACCAGAUCUAAGAGGAAGGCUCUCAUUUAAAGACCCACUUGAAACAACUGAGAGUUGCUUUAUUUUUGUGUUUAUUCAGCUUCAUAGAAUUAGGCUGUGUAAUUUUUUAUGGGUGUUAAUAUAUUGGUAUUUAUGUGGUUACUAAGCUGGGCAGUUCUAUAGAUCUUUGUCAGUGGUUCAGAGGCUGCCAUAUCUGUAAAAUAAUGUAAUAUUAACCACAACACUCAGCUGUGAUUGUUUAGAGGGAAUACAAGAGCUAAUUUCUCUCCAAGAAGCACUUAAUUACUAUUCAGAACACUCAAAAGUAGAAUUUCCAUUCCAUCUCCUAUACACAGCGUGUGAGCAAUUACAUACAUAGGACUAUCACUGCAUUUGUUACAAGGUUUGUGUCAGUGAAGAACUGAAAGUUAUGUUUACAUUCAGAAGUCUAAUGGGGGAAAUAAAAUGAAUUGUAUUUUAAAAA